GCUGUGACUGUAACGCAGUAACUCACCUGUCAGUCACGCGCAGUCCUGAUGAACCUGCAGCACCACCUACUCCUCCUCCUGCUGAUGACCUUUCACCUCAGCUUCGCCAUGGGAGGACGAGCUCAGCGCAGACAGAGGGAGGCGGAGGAGUUACUGAAGCCGUAUCUGGGCCGAGUCGAUCCUGGUUUCCUGUGUGAGUUGCUUAAGUGCCGCAGUCCUGUGGGUUCCUGGUGUCAGGUGAUGAAGGAUGGAGGAGUUUUAGUGCCAAAGUGUGUGUGUCCUACAACCUGUCCACGGCAGGGGGCGCCAGUGUGCAGUACUGUGGGAAAGACCUACAGUAAUGAGUGUCUCCUUCACAAAGAGGCCUGUCGCAAAAAUCGCCGCAUUGGAAAAUCCCACAGCGGGACAUGUUUAGUCUCUGCAGAUGUGUGUUCAGAGCAGGAGAUUGGUCAAUUUCCGUUCCGUCUGCUGGACUGGUUCCUGCUGCUGAGCCGAAUCGGGGAGAGAUACACUACAGCUCCAUCACAGCAGUGUCUCACACACACACAGAGAGUGGAGCUCGCACAGAGGAGGUUCAAGAUCCUUGACCGUAACAAGGAUGGUAAGCUGAGCAGGAUGGAUCUGAGGAAGCUCCACUAUAAGAGGAUGCCUCUCGAACACUGCGCUAACACGUUCUUCCAGUCAUGUGACCAGAACAGGAAUAAGAAGGUCAGUCUGAAGGAGUGGACAUCCUGCUUAGUGAAUCGCUCAGAACGCUGGUUCCAGGGUUUCAUGUCAGUGAAAAUGGGAUCUCCGAAACUGUGUCCAGCUCCUGACAACCAGCUUUAAGUCCACGUACUUCAUCAAUAAAUCCAGCUUAAAAUUUACAUUCUUCAGAAAGAAAGCAAUGUUUAACUUGUUCCUGAAGACAUUGGGACAGACAAAAAGCUAAAAUAUGUUUUUUACUUUCAUUUAGUAUAAUGUACAGUUGCUGGUUAUUUGUACUAACAUAUAAAGUAACUAACAGAGUUUAGUAUUCAUUAACACUAACCCUACUGUAUACUGACCAAUAAAAGCUAAAGCCUUUUUAAU